CUCAAGAGAGUGCGAGUUUCUAGUGCUAACAAAGAGCGCAAGCGAAGGCACCGGCAGCCGUUGCCGGAACAGCAGCAGAAGCCUCGAGCACAACAACAGGAGCCCGAUCAACGCGUGGAGGAGAUCGAGACCAAGCCAUCUAUCAAGCAACCAGCUCUUCGUUCCGCGAACAUUAGCCACGCGUAGAUCCGGGGCACGGCGUUGCUACCCCCUCAGUGUCACGCUUUUCUCUCUCCCUCUCUCACUUUUUUGUCGGUAUGUCGGAUACCCCUGAGGGACUGCAACUGCAAAUUGACGCGGCGAAGAAGUUUACUGAUAAGUGGAGAUUGUCUGCCAACGUUAAGAAGAGUGCCGUCACGGUAUGCAACGAGAACAAGGAGGAACCAGUAGAACAUAGAUGGAAGUGGGGGAUCGAGGAAAUUGCAGUAGUGGACCAGUACACAUACCUCGGAGUAGAGAUCGCAAAAGACUGCUCGUGGAAUGCACACAUGUCCAAGGAAACGGAAAAGGAGAAAGCACGAGCAGGGAAGCUGCACCCAAUACUCGCAAACCGGCACCUCGAUACACGCAUCAAAUUGACGGUUUUGAAGAGCGUAAUCGUACCGAGGCUAGAGUACGCCGGAGAAUUAUGGGAAGGAAAUAAGAAGGUAGUGAAAGAACUCGAGGCGGCGCAGAUGAAAGCAGCGAAAAUCAUCCAAGGAUGCUCCAAGCGCACAAGUAAUGCAGCCGUGAGGGCAGAAUUGGGGAUCCAAUCCCUACGGUCGGGAAGAGACGCGAGAAAGCUGACAUGGCAGUAUAGCAUGUGCGGGAUGGGAGAGGAGAGACAACCCACGGAAUGGGUCAAGGUUGUAGAGGGCGUAUGGAAGGGGCUCGACAUCGACGAAGAUGAAACGCUGGAGACGGAGGGUCUACAGGGCUUCAAGGAGAUAUCUGUUGCUUGUGCCGAGAGAGAAGACAAGAAUCUAAGGAAAGAAACCAAGGAUAAGGAGGGUCUAGAAGUGUAUGGAAUGUUGAAGGAAGGCAUAGGGUUCAAGGAUUACCUACAUGGACCAAUGGAUGCAGGAACAAAGCUUAAGGUCAAAUUCAGGACCGGGGACAUAGGCGUUCGAGAACGUCGACGAAGACGUAGGACGGUAGACGAGGAAGACGACGAGUUCAAAUGUGAUUGCGGCUUCGAAUGCGAAGACCGUGUUCAUGUAGUCGCGGAAUGUCCGUUGUACAAGAAGGAGAGGGAAGUGGAAGACAUUUCUGAGCCACCUUUGGCAAAGUAG